CUUCGAGAGAGGGGUGGAGUGUGGCGCUUUCUGUACAAUUUUUCCUCGACAGUUCAUUGCUGUCUCUGGAUUUUCGUCUUUGCGCGCGUGUGCUGCGUGUAUGCGUACGAGGCUGUGUAUACGCGCUCACGUAUACAGACGAGAGUUUUUCGCCCGAGGAGCGAGGAAGCCUGAAGGGUCGCAUUUUUCCACACGGAUAUUCGAGUAUCGUCGUCGCCCGUCUCGCACCUCCCAUGCAUCUGAGAGGACGUUGCAAGACAUUGAGAAAGAAGAGGAUCGGGGAACACGCCGAUGCAUGUUGAUGGAUUUCUAAUUUUGUAUACUUAGAAUUUUUGUGAAUUGUAAAAUUUCUUACCAAUAUGACUGAAUACAAACUUGUUGUGGUUGGGGCUGGUGGCGUUGGAAAAUCAGCACUUACUAUUCAACUGAUUCAAAAUCACUUUGUAGACGAAUACGAUCCAACAAUUGAAGAUUCUUAUAGAAAACAGGUCGUUAUAGAUGGAGAAACAUGUUUAUUAGAUAUUUUAGAUACGGCAGGUCAAGAGGAAUAUAGUGCAAUGAGGGAUCAAUAUAUGAGGACGGGAGAAGGAUUUUUAUUAGUAUUUGCUGUUAAUUCAGCUAAAAGUUUUGAGGAUAUUGGAACAUAUCGCGAACAAAUAAAGAGGGUAAAGGAUGCGGAGGAAGUGCCAAUGGUAUUGGUUGGCAACAAGUGUGACCUCCAGCAAUCGUGGGCUGUAAAUAUGACACAAGCGAGGGAAGUUGCCCGUCAAUAUGGAGUGCCGUUUGUUGAGACAUCGGCUAAGACAAGAAUGGGAGUAGACGAUGCAUUUUACACUUUGGUAAGAGAAAUACGAAAAGAUAAGGAGCAAAGAGGUAAAGAAAAGAGAAAACGCAUGAAGGCUGGUAAUUCAAGUCGCAGGAAACACCGGUGCUGUAUUCUUUAAAAUAAUUAAUAAUUUUGUCAUUCAAGAGCUAAAAUGUAAGAAGCUUUAGUAUGUUUAUCUCGUAUUCAUCGAGUAAUUAAUAUUGCACUAUUCUCAAUUAAGUCAUAAAAAGUGGGAGAA